CGUGCAAGCAAUCAGUCGCCGGCAAACGUCCGCGGCGAACACACGUAUUUACACGGUCCGUGUUACAAACGCUAUCGUACAAAUUCGCGAACGAUUUCCCGACACAGUUCCUUGGUUUUCCAACUGAUUGUGCUACUUUUAGUGUUGCUUUUUUGUGCUGGCUGAUCAACUUUGCUAAGGUGACAUUUUCCAAGUUCGAAACGAAAAACGAAAUCUCGAGUGAUCUAUCGGAAUGACAUAAUUUGAAUAGUUUUUCUUUAUUCAUGUUUGAAUAUGGAUUCGUGUAGAACAUUAUAGUGAAAAGUGUUGGUUUCUGUGUGUUUGUGUUGAACUGAAGUGAGGUUAAAUAAAAUGGAAGCCAAAGAACGGAGAGGGAAGGUCGCGGCCAUCGCUGCUGUCAUGUUCAUCGUAUUUUGGUCGCAAUGUAAAGGCGUAGAGGGGCAGAGGAACAAUACGAAGAUGUCAUACGUAUGUCCACCGAAGUUCAUCCGACUGGGCCACAGCUGCUACUUCUUCAGUGAGGAAAAGGCUACGUGGCAGAAUGCGCUCUUCGCUUGCACGGAUAAAGACAGCAAUCUGACCGUACCAGCAAGAUGGGAGGACAGGAAUCUUCGCAAAUACCUCAAUCAACCCGACGUCGUGAAGGCGUCUCGAUGGAUCGGUGGUAUCUAUGACUACGGCGUCAAGUCAUGGCGCUGGGGCGGCGAUCUCCGCAAGAUGCAUUACCAAUCAUUCUCUAAGAUGAAGAAGAUGAGCCCUGAGGAACUGAAGUGGCAUUGCAUCGCUAUGAUGCCGGAAUUGCUGUAUAGGUGGUCUCCUCGCAACUGCAUCGAAGCCCGUCACUACAUCUGCCAGCGAAAACUCGAGAAACUGCCAAAGGCCAAAGUGAAGGACUUGCGCCGACGCUGGCAACGAAUGGGCAAGAUCAACGAAAUCACUGCCCCAAGCAUUAGUCGAGAGGUCAACGACCCCAUGAUGGUUAAUGACGUCACUGUCAACCCUGUGAGGAACCCCAAGCCUUUCGAUCUGAGACCAAACGUACAUCAUCCGAGAUUGGGACAGAAGAGGCACGGACCGAGGUCGAAUGCGAUUCCAAAUUCGAAGUACGAUUUGAGACCGAAUGAGUUGAAGAAAAGAUCGAGGCCUAUCGUUCAUAGGCGGCUCAAGAGACCGUUCCCAGGUUACACAUGGAAUCGCCGUGACCCUGAAGGCUCAUACCUCCGCAACGCCGAACUCCUGCGCUCAGGACGCACCGGCCUCACUCCUCAGCAGAUCAACGCCCACCUCGCCCGCCUGCGACAUCUCCGCGACAAACAAAUCGCGCGCCGCAAGAAGAUGCGCGACGACGACUGGCUCGUCAACGAACCGCGGCAAGCGCUCGCACAGACACACGCAAGGACGUACACCGUCGAUAACAACAUCAGCGCUCUCCAUCCCAAGACCAUCAUCGAAGAGUUCAACAUGGACAUCCCUCACCACCCCGCCGCUCGACCCAACGUCCUCACGAACCGCAACGCCGGCUGAUCGAUCCGAUUCUAAUGGUCUAACCAACGAUCGUUUUAGAAUCGAUUAUUCCUCGACGUUAAUAAAGUUUUAAGUUCCUCGAGAUUUUUUCUUUUGCUUUUAUUGCUGAUACAUUGCGAUUAGUUGGCCGAUUCCUGUUGUUAGGUGGUUCUCAUUUGCUAAUUGACUAUUAAUAUCAACUGAGUGAGGAUUUGCUACCUAAUGAUGAAGGAAUCGGUAUUUAUACGGAUUACGGACGAAGAUGGAUCUUACCACAUAUCAGCCAUAUUAUUUCGAAACCCGAAUAGAUUAGUGGUCAUUGAUUGGUUGUAUGUACGAAGGUUACCUUUCCUAAGCUUUAUCGAUCGCAAUGUAUCAAACUUGUGUUCUUCUUCUCUUCCUUAUAGAGUAGCUAGAACAUACGAACUUCGUCUACUCGAUCUUUUCUCAAGCUAUUUCAUUCAUACUUUACAUAACUGCAAUCCAGUGUGCAUCUCGUCAAUGUAGCUGUAGUUACCACUUUAUCGCAUCUGUUUACUUUUGUAGUCAUUAUUAAAUACUUCAUUUUCCAUAUUUGUAAUAUAAAAUUACUUUUACGAUUAGUCGUGAACGCGUCAACCUCUUUAAUCUAGAGCAGAGACUAACGUUGUAUCAAAGUAUUAAGACCUCAACACACGAAACUACAUAGAACAUGUUACUACGAUCAUAUAGGACUAGAUGUUGAUAGAUCUAACGUAAGAAUAAUUUUAAUGUAAAGAUGACAGUCGCAUCUAUUUUAAUUUUAUGUCGUUUGUUUAUUCCACACGUUUUUAAUAUUAUAAUUUCUAAUGCUGUGCUUAUAAAUUAAGUGCGUCGUGGUAAUUUGUUUUAUUUUUUGUAUUUAUAAUGUACUAGUCAGUAAGAUUUAUGGGAAAAUAUAAUUCUAGAAUACUAAAAAUGUUUAAUCUUAUCCAUAGUUUCGAAAAUGUUGAUAAUGUUAAUCUAAAUAAAAUAAAACUUUCGAUGUAGGCACUACCAACUUUAAUGUGGGAAUCUUGCUAUAAUUUCAAAUUACUAUUAACACUUUCUCACUGAUUUAAAGUAUAUUUAUUAAAAAUAUUAAGAAAUUAACAAAUAAAGUGUCGUACAUCAUAAUUGGCAUUUCGUGUUUAAUUAGCCAUGUAAGUUUACGUUCCACGUUUGUUAUUUUAGUUAAAACCUAAUAAAUUAAUAUUUUUUGUACUAAACUGCCAGUUAAUUUAGUCCUCGCAUUUAUGAAGUAAAAUCACAUUUCGUGUAAGUUCUUGUAAAAUAUUUUGCAUUUUAAGCAGUUGUAAUAAAACUUUUAGUAAAUUGUAUCCAAAAACUAUUGUUAUUGUGAAGCCAUAUCGUCGAUUAAGAUAACUCAUCAUUAGAAGAACAAUCUAUACCUAUCAUAAUUUAGAAUCACUCUCCAAUUAAGGAUCGAUUCAACUGAAUUGAAAUAUAGAAUUUAGUUUUCAUAUUUAAUAGGAUCCGACGAUAGGCUCUCGAUUUGGACAAAUCUGGUUUAUAUUAGUUACAUUUUAGAUCCACCAACACAUCCAUCGAAAUAUAGCAUCCAACAUCCAACAGUGUUGGUCCAUGCAUAGCUGUAGUAACUUAUGUUGUUAGUUUUCGAAAAAACUAGUCUACUAGUAACUAGUGACGUGCUUAUUAGUAUUACAAUCAUACCUCAAACUUGUUUUCUUCAAAUAAGUAAAAAAACCUUUACAAUCUCUCGUAAUUUCUAGUAAGUACUAAAAAUAUCAAAAAUAUUUUGAUCUGUAAAUACUACUUAAUUGUAAAUUUAGUAGUAGCAACGCCGAGGUACUGUGAAUUCUUUUUAAGCAAGUGGAGAACUUAUUUAUAGGAACAAAAAUAACUUCUUAUUGUAUCUUAGGGAUUAAUAUUUACUUAUAACUGUAAGGAAAUAAAGAAUCAUCAGAA